CCAACGAAGAAGAAGAAACAGCGGAGCAAGUGUUUAUCAAUUCUUCGUCAAAAUAAUAAUAAUAAUAAAAAUAAAAAACCUUGAACACGGACGAUCAUGAGAGAGGAAGAAAUCAUAGAAAAACAGGGAGGCUCUAUAGCUGCGCCGCUUAUUUUACUUAUCGUCUUCGCAUUUCAGUACGGUUCACGAUGGCUCCAAAGAUUGAAGAAGAAAGCAUGCUUGAGUGAUAGAGAAACGCAACUGCGGAUAGAAAUAAAACAAACCUUGAAAGAGGCCAGCUCUUUGUCUCAGCCAUCAACGUUUGCACAAGCUACGAAGCUUAGGAGGUUGGCGGCUGCUAAGGAGAAGGAACUUGCAAAUUAUCAAGAAUUACAGGGCAAGGAGAUGAAGUUGUCUUAUGAUCUUUGUGCGAAAGCUCUGUUAGUUUCAAAGGUUUUCAUAUAUUUUGUGCUGGUUUGUUGGUUUUGGAGGACUCCUGUUGCUGUUGUUUCCCAGCAACUCAUGCAACCUUUUGGGAGGUUUUUAUCUUGGAAGACUGGAGGUGUUUCACAUAACAAUGUUCUGGUUGGGAUUAUACCUUGGCUGAUAUUGUCUACCAGGGUUAGCAAAUAUAUUUGCCAACUUUUGAAGUGGAGGAAGAACUAGUAAUCUGCAUUUCUUUCUCAUAGACUAAUUCUGCAACGAGUAAUUUUUCCGGACAUUACCUUUUUCUGUAUUGCUCUACACUCUUUUCUUUUGCUAUUUCAGUCUGUAUGUAAAUUCAAUUUUGGAGUAAUGAGUGGAAAAUGCCUAGUGUUAAUUAAACAGAAGAAGCACUACGUUGGACACUGGAUUACACAAACAAUAAAAUUAUGUGCAUUUACAAUGA